UCUCAGGACACAGAAAACCACACCUGACCUCUUUUUCUUCCUGAACAUCUUGAGUCUGAAUUCCAGUUCUAGAGCGUUCCAAGGCAACUGCCCUUGCUGCAGUGCACAGACUUCUCCUAAGAAGAGAGCUUUCCCAGAGGUGCCACUGCCCUCAGACCAAGGUCACCGCUGCUGAGCCUCUACCCUACAGAGUCAUGGCUUGGGCCUCCAGCAUCGAUGAAUUCCUUAAUAAUUUUAAGAGGGAAAGCAAAAUCCUCUCUGAAGAAACCAUUACCUUGGUUAAAUCCCACAUUGAGAACAGGAACCUCCAGGAAGCACUUUCUAUAAUCUGCAGUGAACUGAGAAACAUCGAGAAGGCCUCCCUGAACAUUGCUGUGACAGGGGAGACAGGGUCAGGGAAGUCCUCGUUCAUCAAUGCCCUGAGAGGGGUGGGGCAUGAAGAAGAAGGUGCAGCCUGCACUGGGGCAACAGAAACCACCAUGGAGAGAACUCCCUACCGACACCCAAAGCUUCCCCAGGUUACAGUAUGGGACCUGCCUGGCAUUGGGUCCACUUCCUUUCCACCAGAGAAGUACCUAAGAAAAAUGAAGUUUGGUGAAUAUGACUUCUUCAUUAUCAUCUCUGCUUCACGCUUCAAAGAAAAUGAUGCCCAACUAGCUAAAGCCAUUAAAAGGAUGGACAUGAAUUUCUACUUUGUCCGAGCCAAGAUAGAUAGCGACAUAUAUAAUGAAAAGACGAGCAAACCUAAGACUUUCAAUGAGGAGAAUGUCCGGAAGAAUAUUCUAGAAGACUGUUCACGUCAUCUCCAGGAGGCUCUCUCCAGUGAGCCUCCAGUCUUCUUAGUCUCUAACUUUGAUACAUCUAAGUAUGACUUCCCAAAACUGGAAAGCAAACUCCUAUAUGAUCUCCCAGCCCACAAGCGCCACAUCUUCAUGCUGUCCUUGAGCAGUGUUACUGAGGCCACCAUUAACCUCAAGAGAGAUUCCCUGAAGCAGAAAGUUUACCUAGAGGCCCUGAAGGCUGGAGCAUUGGCCACCAUUCCACUUGUUGGCAUGAUCAGGGAUCAGUUAGAGGAUCUGGAUGAAACAUUCAAUCUCUUCAGGUCUUACUUUGGGCUGGAUGAUGCCUCAUUGGAAGAGAUUGCGAAAGAUUUUAACCUGUCUGUGGAUGCAUUCAAGGUACACCUUCGUUUUCCCCAUUUGUUUGCAGAAGAUGACGAUGUGUCCUUAGGGAGAAAACUAUGGAACUAUAUCCAAAGAAUUUCCUCAGUUGUUGGUGGUCCAGGUUCUGCUGUCAUAUAUUACAAAAAGUCUUACUAUUUGCAGAAUCUCUUUAUUGAUGCUGCAGCAAAUGAUGCCAUUGCUCUUCUCAAUAAGAAAAGUCUUUUAGAAAACAAGGUGGGACCAUAUGUCUCUAAGCCCCCCGAUUACUGGGAAUGACGGGGAAAUGAGGCAAAAGUUCCAAUCAUUGUUUCCUCUUGGCCUUGCUUUGGACACUGACAUAACCUAUGCCUGACAAACGAAUCUUGUCUGUGGAGCUCAGUAGGCUCCUCCUCUUUUUCUUCCCUGGAGACAGAAGAUCACUGUGGCAAGAGCUCAGUUAUACUUUAGUAGGAAACAGUCAUCAACACUGUGUAAAUGCAGGAGGAAACCUCGUUCUCUUUAAAAUAGUGUGUAAAGCACACAUGAAAAUAUUGAUUUGAUUCCUGAUUUUAUGGUCUAAUGACUCCUGGAUCCUUUACCCCUGUGAAAGUCUCCACACAGUUCUGCAUUCUCACAGCCAUUUCUGCUUUGUCACUUUUCCUUGAGGGCAUCUGAUGACCAACACUGUGUAGAUAAAUACACCUCAGUAAGAAGUGUGAGCCCCGCACAAGAGUCACAUGACAGAUUGAAACUGUUAUUAUUAGCAAAACUUGGUAAAAACAGAAGAAUAAACAUUUGUAUAGAUCCUCUUGGUCCACGCAAAUAAGAAUAUCUAUUUCCUAUCCUGCACUGGCAAAUCAGAGUGAACUGAAAUUCACCCAAGGUGAUUAACAAUUGAAGCUUUACUCAUAAACUGGCUCUCCUUGCUGUAA